AUGCGCCAGUUUCUACUUCUUAUUCCACUGGCAAGCGCCGUUUGGAGUUCGUCAGCUUCAGAAGUAUUUCCCCGUCAAUACUGUGCCUCAGAGUAUGAAAUAUGUGCUGCUGAGGGCGCCGUUCCAUCGUUUCCCCCAUCAAUCGGUCCGGACAUGCGUGGCCUUUUCAUUGGUGUGGUUGAGUCGGUUGAUCAAAAUCCAUGGAAAAAGGGAAUAAUUAAUCGCGAACAUCCGGUGCCACGAGAUGGGUUGCCUGAUCUUUGCUGCAAGUCUGGAAUGGAGUGUCGGCUUCUCAAAAGUUACAAGACCUCUUUCUGCUGGGAUAAAUUUACCACGAACUUCUACUUUGUUGAUGGGUCCUAUGGCAGUAUUUUGACCGGGAUUUACAACACUUCCUCGAACGGUAUCGUGGAUUUGGUCUCGGGUGAUUACACGCGUUCAAACGGUGAAAAGGGCAAUAUCUACGAUGGUGAUGAAUCCUCUAAACCUAAUACCCGCACAAUGCAGCUUCCCUUGGCCUGGACCAGUAAAGGCGUGGGCAGUGCUAUUCCAGGCAGUGAGCUGGGAGAUGAAGCCACAUACAUCACAACCAUCAUUCCCGGUACCGGGCGGGGGCCUAGUACCAUUCCGGCUUCGACAAUUGCUGCGAUAACAAUCAGCGGUUCUGUCAUACCAGCAACAACGACUCCUGCCACAGUUGUGUCAGGGAUCGCAACCCCUCCAGUUACUCUUAAAGGGACGGGGUCUCGAUCAACUUCAACGGUAUUUCCUUCGACGGGUGGCGGCGUGAGUUUGAUAGCUACGUCAGGUGGAGUGGCCUGGAUAGUGUCGUCGAUUGUCAUAUGUGGCGCGUCGUUAGUUUGGUAA